AGCGAGCGCGCGCCAGGCAGGCAGGCUGGAACCGGUUGAGGCAGAGACGGAGUCGCGGAUGAGACAGGGCGCGCGCUGCGGCUGUAUGGUAAAAAACAAUUCAGAGAUUUCACCGCUUUCUCGGGACCGGCUUUAUGGUUAAACUACAAUCUUCAAUGAGUAAACAUAUUCCACAGUUCUGUGGUGUAUUGGGUCACACAUUUAUGGAGUUUCUGAAGGGCAGUGGAGACUACUGCCAGGCUCAGCACGGCGUAUAUGCAGACAAGUGAACGGCGAGCCCUGCUACCUCACUGGAAGAGAGACUUGUGUGAGUGUUUUAAGGUUGGCGGGAUCGGACACGGAGAGCGGGCGUCCACAGCAGCCAGAUCGGUCUGGAUGGGGUAAAAAAUCUGCAGAAGUGCACUGCCCUCGUUGGCCCUCCGUCUCCUCGCUCACCUGAGGACCAGCCUUUUUUUUUAUUUAUUUAUUUUUUAUGUAAAAUUCUUUCCCCCCUUUUUUCAUUCCCAGAAUUUGUUGUUUACGCCAUCCCAGAAUUUGUUGUUUACGCCAUCCUCACAUUUUCUUUCUGACUCUCUGUGGCAGAAAUUAAUUUUUUGGGUCAGUGAAGUUUUAGUACAUUUUGAAUUAUUUUUUCCAUUCAACAAUGGCUCGUAUGAAUAGACCUGCCCCGGUGGAGAUCACCUAUAAAAACAUGAGGUUCCUCAUCACUCACAACCCCACCAAUGCCACUCUGAAUAAAUUCAUUGAGGAACUGAAGAAGUAUGGUGUGACAACAGUCGUCAGAGUGUGUGAAGCAACUUAUGAUGCCAACCUGGUGGCCAAAGAGGGCAUUCAGGUUCUGGAUUGGCCAUUUGAUGAUGGAGCUCCUCCUUCUAACCAGAUUGUUGAUGACUGGCUAAAUCUGUUGAGGAUUAAGUUCAGGGAGGAGCCAGGCUGCUGUGUUGCAGUCCACUGUGUAGCUGGCCUUGGAAGAGCCCCGGUCCUGGUUGCUCUUGCUUUGAUUGAGUGUGGAAUGAAGUACGAAGACGCUGUUCAGUUUAUUCGCCAGAAGCGUCGUGGAGCUUUUAACAGCAAGCAGCUCUUCUACUUGGAGAAGUAUCGUCCAAAGAUGCGUCUUCGAUUCAAAGACUCGAAUGGCCAUCGCAACAACUGCUGUAUCCAGUAGAGCUUUGCACAGUAACCCUGCUGGAGUAGCGUUAUCUAGCCAGAUGUUUCUCUAAUGUUGGCCGUUUGCUCUUUUAAUUAGUUAACAUGUGAAGAAGAAAAAAAGCUGCGAAAGAAAUGAAUUUGUAUUUGUUUCCCCUUUUGUCUUGUUUUUACAUUGUGGCCACUAUUUGGCAAGUUUAGAGUGCUUGUGUUUGUUUGUUAGAAACUGAAAGAGGGACGCUGAUAUGUUGCGUCUCUUUUGUUUGUUUCUUUCUCUUUUUUGGCAAAUUGUCACAGGAAUGCUCUCUGCCAAACAAAAAUGUUUUUACAUUCAUUAAAUAUCAAAAGAAGUUAUGAUUUAUCAUUUUUGUUUUGGAUGAGCCUAAGUCCAUAUUGAUACCUGCCUUCCAAUGGGUCGUAUUUAAAUGCCUUAUUACAACGGAAAGAGGCCACUUAAUGGGUGCAAAUCUAUGGCCUUUGGAGAAGUGAAACAGCUGGACAGGAAAAUUAUGAGUAAAAAAUAAAUAUAUAUCAUGUAUUAUAAUGUAUUACAAUAUAUGAUAUAUAAUGUAUUACACAGAAUAACUGGGGAGGGAAGAAAUGUAUAUGGAAGGUGCAGUAUCUAGUUUGUGUUGUUUAUCCAAACUUUGUUUACUAAUUACUGCCAUGUCAAUAGUGUGAUGUUUGUGUUUUUGCUUCAAACUGGACCUCUGCGAUAUUUUGUAUGCCUUUUUAUUUGAUGUGCGUAACUUAAUACUUGGGAUACUUGAUUUCUGUACGGUUAUUGAAAUGUGUACUAUUAGAUUGGCUAUUUAUACUAUCAGUGGGUCGGUGUUUUAGUAUAGUAAGAAAAGUUGUAACUGUUCACUUGAGCAAGAGAGCGAGAGAAAGUACAUUAAAGAAAUAAAGAAUUACACUGAGAACAUGA